AUGCAGCCCGCUGAUAGUGGUGUUCCAUACACAUGCGCUAUGUUAACUGAUUUCUAUGAGGUUACUAUAUGCCUUGCACAGUGGCUUAAAGGCCGUGCCGACAAGAUUGUCACAUUUGAUCUUUUUUAUCGUACUCAGCCAUUCAAAGGAUCAUUUGCCAUCUUUGGCGGCCUCGAAGAAGCAAUUGACUUCAUCAAAAGCUUCCGCUUCACAGAAGAUCAGCUUAAGUACAUCCAAAACAACCUUCCAGGCGUCAAUCCAGCAUUCAUUGACUGGCUCAGGAAGCUCGAUCCAAACAUGUUAGUCAUUCACGCUCCAAAGGAAGGCACUGUUGUCUUCCCGCGUGAACCAUUACUUCGUAUCACUGGUCCCAUGGGUCUUUGCCAACUUAUUGAGACACCGCUUCUCAACAGAAUUAACUUUGCAACUCUCAUGACCACAAACGCUGCAAGAAUCCGCCUUCUUGCCAAAGAUAGAAAGUUAAUGGAGUUCGGUCUUCGUCGUGCACAAGGUCCAGAUGGUGCUAUGUCUGCUACUCGCUAUUCCUAUUUAGGUGGCUUCGAUUCAACAUCAAACGUUCUUGCUGGAUACAAAUAUGGAAUUCCAAUUGCCGGAACUGUUGCUCAUUCCUUCAUCAGCUCAUACUACGAUGUUAAUGAUCCAAUCAGCCACUUAAUGAAGCAUGCAGUUACAGGCGAAGAUGUUGAUCUUCUUGUUCAUGCUGAAAAGUGCAUCAACGAAAACGGCUGGCACACAAACCAGACAGAACUCAUUGCCUUCAUUGCGCAGGCUCAAGCUUUCCCUACAAACUUCCUCGCAUUAGUCGAUACAUACGAUACAAUGACCAGUGGAGUUCCAAACUUCCUUGCUGUCUCGUAUGCACUUACAAGGGCCGGCUACAACGGUAAAGGUAUCCGCCUUGAUUCUGGCGAUCUCGCUGAGCUUUCCAAGCAAACAAGAAAAAUGUUCAAAGAAUUCGCAGAGAAAUACAAUAUUCCAGAAGCCGCGCACUACAUUAUCACUGCAUCUAACGAUAUCAACGAGAAAGCAUUACUAGAACUCGAAAGAGUCGGACAUGAGAUUGAUGUCUACGGUAUUGGCACUCAUCUCGUCACAUGCCAGAUGCAGCCAGCCUUAGGAGGUGUCUACAAGCUCGUAGAGAUCGACGGACAUCCAAGAGUCAAACUUUCAAAUGAUCUCAUCAAAGUUACACUUCCUGGCAAGAAGAACUUGUUCAGAUUAUAUGAUAUCGAAGGGAAAGCAAUCUGUGACUUGUUAACUUUAGGAGAUGAUGAAGUUAUUGAACCAGGAAAGUAUACUUUCUUCGAAUGCUGGCCAAAUGCACAACCAUUUGAAUGCACUUUCUCAAAGGCAGAGAGAUUGUUCCACCCUGCAUUCGAACAUGGAAUUGUAUCUGUCGAUGACCUCAACAAAGCAAGAGAAAGAGUAAGAGAACAGAUUCACGGCGGAUUCAGACCGGAUGUAAUUAAAAUCAUCGAUCCCGCCCAAUACAAGGUUUGCUUGUCACCAUCACUCCACCAGAAAUUGUUACAGCUAAUCGAAGAAGCUAAAGAAUAA